AUGAACCAUACGUUUCCAUCUCAUCACCACCCCGGAGAAACUCCUUCGUCGAAUGGCGUUCAUGGCCAUGCUUCUACAGAUGCGAGUCGAGGAAUUUCUCGCAAACGGUCCACCAGCAGUGAUUCCCAAGCAGAUCAAGCGUGGCAUUGCUUUAAACGACUACGGCUGCAGACAUCGGAUGAAUCGAGUUAUCACAGUUGUACCAGUGGUGAAGACUCGGUGUAUGGAAACAACAGCAACAAUAACAACAACAUUCAUCAUUGGCGUAAUGGACUGCCCACCGAAAUUGGACCUCCACCACAGCAUCGGCAGCAUCCCGGCCAGCCCACAAGCUCCGAGGGAACUUUUGGACAGACAAGUAACAAUGGCACUACGAAUGGAGAUGGUUACUCGCACCUGAACAUUUUGUUGGGAUCUUUGCAUCAGCAACGGAGACAAAGAAUACAGCCUGAAGCUAAUACCGCUACAACCCAAUGGCCAGGGACAACAAACACCCCAUCGAUGAACACUAUGGGCUAUCAUCAUCAACAACAGUCCUAUCCUUUGACAGCUGAACCCCAACGUAAACUACCACGUCGCCAAUCUGUAAGGCUGCCGUGUGAUUCCAAGCUUUUGUAG